CGCUGAUUGGUUGUUAUGAAGCACAUGCAGUAACCCGGCAAAUUAAUACACACAGACGGCCAGACCGGCUGCCGGACAUUACUUACAUAUACCCAGAUUUCCUCGUCAUUCCUCACAGGUUUUUAGGGACCAUGGAUCUUAUAACUGACAAGAUUCAAGAGGGACUGAAGUACUAUGAGUGGUGCCUCAGCUUUUCAGACCCGCGCGUGGCGGACUGGCCCCUGAUGGACAGAUGGGCUCCCACGCUGUACCUGACGGCAGCGUACCUGCUGAUCGUGUGGCUGGGCCCCAGGCUGAUGGAGAAACGGAAGCCCAUGGAGCUGACGUGGCUGAUGGUCCCGUACAACUUCGCCACUGUGCUGCUGAACCUUUACAUCUGUGUGGAGCUGGUCACGGCAUCCUGGUCUGCAGGGUACAGCUACUCCUGUCAGAGGGUCAACUAUUCCUAUGAUGUCAAUGAAGUCAGAAUAGCGAGCGCCCUGUGGUGGUACUUCAUCUCCAAGCUGCUAGAGUUUGCCGACACGUUCUUCUUCAUCGUACGCAAGAAGAACAGCCAGAUCUCGUUCCUGCACGUGUACCACCACACUACCAUGUUCGCGCUGUGGUGGGUCGGGAUUAAGUGGGUGGCUGGGGGGCAGUCCUUUUUUGGUGCCAUGAUGAACUCUGGUGUGCACGUGCUGAUGUACACAUAUUAUGGUCUGUCCGCAAUGGGCCCUCGUUUCCAGAAGUAUCUCUGGUGGAAGAAGUACAUGACUGUCAUACAACUGACCCAGUUCUUCAUUGCGUUUGGCCACUGUGUGCAGUCCUUGUAUGUAGAGUGUGACUUCCCUGGGUGGAUGCACUGGGGCCUGCUGAUCUAUGCCACUUCACUCAUCGCCCUCUUUGGAAAUUUCUACAUCAAAGCUUACAAGAAGCCUAAAACUGCUGUAGGAGCUGGGAAGACAUCAGACAAGGACAAGACAGGGAACGGACUACAGCACAAGAAUGGGUUCAUACAAGCCAAAAAACAGCAGUAGAAUAAAAAAAA